CCACUUUUAGCUUUGGGACCCAACAUCAGCCCUCUCAUCUGAGGCUGGGGACAGAGUUGGGGGCCAGGGCAUUUGCGAGAGGUGCAGAAGCAACACCGGCGGCCUCGCAGCUGCAUUAGAGACCCGGCGCUCGGGGCAUGAACUUGGAGGGAGGCGGCGGCGGCAGCGGCGGCGGCGGCGGCAGUAGCAGCAGCAGCGAGUGCGGGAUGAGUUCUGUGAGUUGUGGUAACGGCAAACUCCGCCAGUGGCUGAUUGACCAGAUUGACAGCGGCAAGUACCCGGGCCUCGUGUGGGAGAAUGAGGAGAAGAGCAUCUUCCGUAUCCCCUGGAAACACGCCGGCAAGCAGGACUACAACCGAGAGGAGGAUGCUGCCCUCUUCAAGGCUUGGGCACUCUUUAAAGGGAAAUUCAGGGAAGGUAUUGACAAACCAGACCCUCCAACCUGGAAGACCAGGUUGCGCUGUGCCCUCAACAAGAGUAAUGAUUUUGAAGAGUUGGUUGACAGAAGCCAGUUGGACAUUUCAGAUCCAUAUAAAGUUUACAGAAUUGUUCCAGAAGGGGCCAAAAAAGGAGCUAAACAACUGAGUUUGGAGGAUUCCCAGAUAAUUAUGAACCACCCUUUUGCAAUGCCCACUCCCUACCCAUCGCUGCAAACUCAAGUUCCAAACUAUAUGAUACCCCAUGACAGAAAUUGGAGAGAUUUUGUUCCAGAACAGCCUCACCCAGAAAUACCCUAUCAAUGUGCUACUGUCCCUUUUGGGCCUCGAAGUCACCAUUGGCAGGGCCCUGCUUGUGAGAAUGGUUGCCAGGUGACGGGCACCUUUUAUGCUUGUGCGCCACCUGAGUCACAGACUCCUGGAAUACCCAUAGAGCCAAGCAUAAGAUCUGCUGAAGCCCUGGCCCUCUCAGAUUGCCGACUGCACAUAUGUUUAUAUUAUCGAGAAAUACUGGUGAAGGAGAUAACUACCUCGAGCCCUGAAGGGUGUAGGAUAUCUCACGGCCAGAGCUAUGAUGCCAGUACCUUGGAGCAGGUUUUGUUCCCCUAUCCAGAUGAUAAUGUCCAGAGGAAAAACAUAGAAAAAUUGCUGAGCCAUUUGGAAAGGGGAGUCAUUCUCUGGAUGGCACCUGAUGGGCUGUAUGCUAAGAGACUUUGCCAAAGCAGAAUCUACUGGGAUGGACCUUUGGCAUUAUGCAGUGACCGUCCUAAUAAGCUGGAAAGAGAUCAGACCUGCAAACUUUUUGACACACAACAAUUUUUAUCAGAGUUACAAGCAUUUGCUCAUCAUGGUCGCCCUUUACCAAGAUUCCAGGUGGUUUUGUGCUUUGGAGAGGAAUUUCCAGAGCCCCAGAGACAAAGAAAGCUUAUCACAGCCCAAGUUGAGCCAUUACUAGCCAAACAACUCUUUUACUUUGCUCAGCAAAAUAGUGGACCUUUUAUGAGGAGCUUUGAUUUACAAGAACACAUUACCCGGCCAGAGGACUAUCAUCGACCAAUUCGACAUUCCUCCAUCCAAGAAUGAAAAUGCUGAAAGCAAGUUGGGUUUUUUUUAAUUGCAUCACAACAAAUGGCUUAAGAAGAAUAGCUGUGAAACUUUUUUCUCCCUUUCUUUUCUUGAUCAAGAUAGUAUUAGGGAAACAAUUCAGGAGAAAUCUCAGCUGUGCAACUAUACAUUGUCUACAAGUCAUAAGAUAUGUUAGACUGAAAAAUGGACUUGUUUCAAAUGGACUCACAGCAGUGAAACAUCCAUUGAGUUUUUCUGUAUCACAAGGAUUCUGCUGUCAUUGGAAAUAACUGUGAAAAUCCACCAAAUAGCAUGUUUACAUUUACUUAUAUGUUAUCUUUGAUUUGAUAGUGGCUACUUCUUGCUGAAGAUGGAAAAUACUGCCUUUUCAGGACUGAUAUAGUUGAUCUAGAGCAGUUAAAUGGUACAGUAUAUAGAGUUUGGGGUCUGAAGUCAGGAGGACUGAAUUUAAAUCUGGCUUCAGACAUUUGUUAAAUGUAUGACCCUGGGCAAGUCACUUAACUGUUUGCCUCAGUUUCCUCAUCUGUAAAAUGAGCUGGAAUAGGAAGUGGCAAACUCCAAUAUCUCAAGACGAAGAGUUGAACAUGGCUGAAAUGAACAAUGACAAAAUAGCAAAAGCUAUUUAUGUGUUCCGAAUCUCAGGGAAAAUAAAUCUAUUCAUUAAGUUACUAUAUUUACAUAUUAACAUAUUAAUGAACUCCAUUGAAAUUACAGCUCUUGUGGCAAAAUUUUUGAUGGGAAGGAAAUUAUUUUUGAGCAUAGACUUGGUUAGGAAAGGCUCUUUUCUUGAGUUGGAAGAGUUUCAUUCCCUUUAGUAUCAUAAUUUCUCAUGCCUUUAGUAUCAUAAUUCAUAUCAUAAAUUGAGAUACACCCCUUUGCCAACUAGCCCCUCUUCUCCCAGCUUAGAAAGAGAAUAAUAAUGAUGAAUAAAAUAGGUGUAUAUACUUUCAAUGUUGUGUGAUCAAUAGACAGAAAUGUGUGUGGGUGUAUGUGUGUAAUUUACAAAUAGAUGUUCAUCCUUUCCUCUCUUUUAUGCUUUGAAAAAUGUUUUAGUGUAUUCUUUAAGAAGCAGUUCAAUUGCUAAAGAUUUUUGAAACUCGUGACAUUUUCCCUCUUGUUUUGCUUGGUUUGUUUGGCUAUUAGUCAGUUACCCGUGGUUACACUAAAGAGGAGGAGCCAGGAUUGUAAAUGUGGUGACUUGUAUUAUGAAAAAUGAUGACAGCAUUGAACUUAUUGCAAACUCUGAGUUGUUUUUGCUUAUGUCUGGAUGUCACAUCCUUCCUUAUAACAAUAAUUCUUUAACAGAGCUUUGGAUUUGCUAUAUUUUGUCCAACAUGUAGAUUAGGAAAUAUAUUUGCAAAGGCAACUAGUUUCUUAAAUUGUUCUUGUAAAUUGUUUUAUUUGGGAAAAAUAGAAUGUGUAUUUCCCACUUUAAAACAUGUCUAGGGUGGUGUGGAAUACUGGAAAGAGUAGUCUGGGCUACCCUAUUUACUGUGUGAGUGACCUUGGACAGGCCAUCUAAUUUCUCCAGGACUUAAUUCCCUUAUCUGUAAAAUGAAGGUUAAAAUGAAGAUAUUCAUCCUCAAGGUGCCUUCCACUUCCAGAUUCUUUGAUUCUAUGCUUCCCUAUAUCCUGAUUUCAUUGAUUUUUUUUUUUUUUUUUUGGUAGAUGCGAACAUUGAUUUGAAAAUAUUCCACCAGCUAGUGAGUAUGUCUGGCCACAUUCUUAGGGAUGUGGAGGGCUUUGUUUUAACAAAUUGUAGUGCUUUAUACAUCUUAUAGAUGCAAAAUAUUGUGGGAUAUAUUAUCCUAUUUGUGUGUGAGAGAACUGAUACACUGUAUGCUUUUAUUUUCUUUAUUUGUAAGACAAAGGAAGAUCCAGAAUCAUUCUUGAGUUAAUGUCUCUGUUACCAGGAUCUGGUCUGUAUUUUCUUUAGGAUAGAAUGCUCAGGUACAAGUCAAUCUUUUGAAGGUGCUCCUAGCAUCUUUUUCAGUAUUAAGACAUAUAUAAUUCACAUUUAAUUUAAUUCUGAAGUCAGAUCCUUGAUUUCAAUAAAUGAAGUUCUUUCAAUAGGAGGAUUUUAAAACAUUUUAGAAAUCUAUACUCUCAAUUAGAAUAUUGCUUUUAGAAUGAUGUCAGAUUUUCUGGGAGAUACUCAUUGGCUGUGAAUCACUUCCUCUUUCUCUCUCACUUUGACUUUUAGAAGGAAUGGAGACUGAUAUAUGGCCUGGAGGGCUAAGAGAGGAUUAAAUGAUCAAGAUCCUGAAAUGCACAGUACACGUCAUUGAUUCGCUUUUCCAUUAGUAAACCAAGAUCAGUAACCAUGAACGGUAGCUGAAUCAGUGGCCAUGCUAUUCCUGACCAAAAAUAAUACAGGAAGGAAAUGAGCAUUAUUUAAGCAUCUACUGGGCUUCAAGCACUGUGCUAAGCGUCUCACAAACAUUAUCCUAUUUGAUCCUAACAGCAAGCCUGAGGAAUAGGUGCUAUUAUUAUCCUCAUUUUACAGUUGAAGAAAUUGAGGGAGGCAGAAUUUAAGUGACUGACUUGUCCAGGUUCACACAGUUAGUAAAUGUCUGAGACUGGAUUUGAAUUUAGGUUUUAUUGACUCCAGAACCAGCUUUCUAUCUGCUGUACCCAUAGCUGCCUCUACUCCAAAACAGUAGAACACCAUCUUUUUUUAUUAAAACUUUUUAUUUUCAAAACA